CGAUGAUCGAGACGUUGGGCAGUGCCAACUCCAGGAUUAGGGUUUGGCGAACCCUAAACUUGGGAAGGGUGACCUCGCAGCUUGAAAGUUGUUGUGACAGCUUUAUAAUUCCCUGCUGCCCCUGGGCCUUGGCUUGGCCCCUCGGGCUUCGUGCUUGACAGCAUUCAUUUGGAUCGAGCAUUGGAUCAAAGCCUUAGCCCUGCCAGCUCAGACCUUGUUCGCUUCACCUGUGUCCACCAUCAUGCGAGGAAACCCUUCCAACAUGGGCGAUACCGCGGACGUCCCGCCGGCCCCCGGCGCAGGCGCUGCCCCCGCCCAGCCCAGCAGUCACGAGGUGCCGGUCAGGCAUGAAGCAGAGGCAAGCAAGAGGGCACAAGCACCAGCAGCUUCCUCGGAGGUCGGCCGCACCCCUUCUCCCGCAGUGAGGACGCCCAGGGAGGCGGCCACCGCGGUGGGGGUCGUUAAUUUUGCGGUGAUCCCCCUGCGCGGCCCGGUCCCCCCCGAGCAGCUGGAGCGCCUCUCCACGGGCCUCACGGUGCUGAGCCUGAUCCUGGUGGUUAUCGGCGUGGUGGCCGUCGCGGCGCCGCUGCUCUUCAGCCUCGUCAUCGAGCAGUUCCUCGGGGUGCUCUUCGUCCUCGGUGGCAUCGUGCAGGUGGUCCACGGCCUGCAGAUGUGCGGCGUGUCCGCCCCGGGCUGCAGCAUGAACCUGCUCCUGGGCGGCCUCAACCUCUUUGUCGGCGUCUGGCUCGUCACCUCCCCCGUCGAGGGCCUCGCCGGCCUCACCCUCCUCAUCGCAGCAUGGUUCUUUGCGAGCGGGCUGUCGAAGCUGGUGCUGGCGUACCAGGUGCGCCACCUGUCCACGUGGCCGUCCGUGCUGGUAUCGGGCCUGCUCUCGCUCGCGCUGGCGGUGCUCAUCCUCGCGCAGUGGCCCGCGUCCGCCACGUGGGUGGUGGGCGUGCUGGUCGGGGUCGACUUCGUCGUCACCGGUGCCGCGCUCGGCCUCGUCGCGUGCAUGGCCAACCUCGGCAUGGGCGUCGACCGGGCCAGCCUGGCGGGCCUGCCCACAGAGCCGCUCCUGGCGGGGGAGGGCUAG